GAGGGCGGUGGGCCGCAGCAAUGGCGCGUUUGCGGCCCGAAUCCGCGGCCGCCGUAGCCAUAAUCACGCGGGCCACAGAGCUGGACUCGGAGUGCAAGUACUCGCAGGCGCUGGUGUGCUACCAGGAGGGGCUGGACCUGCUGAUGCAGGAGCUCCGAGGCACCAAAGAUGAUGCACAGAAACGUCUCCUCAGAAAAAAAAUUAGUACCUACAUGGAGAGAGCAGAAAAUAUAAAGAAAUACUUGGAUCAAGAAAAAGAAGAUGGAAAAUACCACAAGCAAAUUAAAAUAGAAGAGAAUGCAACAGGUUUCAGCUAUGAGUCACUUUUUCAGGAAUAUCUUAAUGAAACAGUUACAGAAGUUUGGGUAGAAGAUCCUUAUAUUCGACAGUCGCAUCAGCUGUAUAACUUUCUUCGAUUUUGUGAGAUGCUUAUUAAGAAACCAUGUAAAGUAAAAACUAUCCAUCUUCUCACAUCUCUGGCUGUAGGCAAUGAGAGAAUGCAGCAGAGUGGCCUGGAAGAAAUAAAAGAAUCACUCCGUAAGUAUGGAGUGCUAUUGGAAUUAGAAUACUCCUCUUCAAUACAUGACCGAGAAAUUAGGUUCAACAAUGGAUGGAUAAUUAAGAUUGGAAGGGGACUUGAUUAUUUUAAGAAGCCCCAGGGUCAAUUUUCCCUUGGAUAUUGUGAUCUUGAUUUAAGACCAUGUUAUGAAACAACAGUGGACAUUUUUCAUACCAAGCAUACAAAACAAAUAUGAUGAUUCAGGUGUGGAUAAUACUGAACUUAAAAAUAUUCAAACCAGUUUUGACAAGGUGGUAAAUGGAAAAUGAAAAUCAGGGCAUCAAGAAAGUACUUGGACAAUUGUUGACCAACACUUACUUCCAUCAUCAUGUGGAAGUGGCUUUUCCUUCCGGUGAGAACAUGUUAGAUUUUAUUUCCAUGUUAAAUAACAAACUCUGAUAAUACAGACCAUUACUAUGCAGCAUUCCACAAUCCUUUAUAGACUGUUACUAUGCAGUUUUCCACAAUCCUAUGCAUUUCUGACCAAGAAAUGGUAGAUAAAAGUUUCUAGACACGUGACUCAGUCUUGAUUUUUGAAUUUCAGAUUACAGGUUUACUUAGCAUAAAUAUUGGGCCUGGUGCUGUGAGUCCAUGGUAAAGUGCCUUGCAGACAUCAGGUUCAAGGCCUGUUAUUAGCUUCAUCCCACACAUCUGAAUGUGAUCCUGGGAGCACUGUCAGGACCACCAGAGCACCGCCAGGAGUAAGCCCUGUGCAUUGCCGGGUGUGACCCAAAAAGCCAUAAAAAAAAAUUUUUUUUUAAACGAAACAAAACAAAAAACCACUUAAGACAAAUAAGAACUGAGGCGUCUGCUGCAUCCAAACCAAUUGAGGAAUCUGAAUGCCUCCUCGGAAAUGUUAAUCCUCCAGACCAGAUAGCUCACAGGACUCAUACAGGUUUUGCAUGCAGGCCUGGGUUCAACCUCUGUGUUGCGUGGGCCCCCAAGUUCCAGUGGGACACAGCACUCUCCUAAGAGUACUCCUAAUCACAACCAAGAGUGAUCCAAAAGCAGAAAAACUUGCUCUCCUUUCAGAUCUGCUUCAGGUGUUGCUUUAGCGUGUCCCCUAGAUUCUGAUAUUUAAGAAAACAUUAUUCUCUCAAAUGACUACUGGCUGUCAGUGAUGGAUUGAAAAUAACCUAUUUUCGCAUCAGGAUGAUUAUCAGUUCUCUGACAAAUAUUUGUCUUAUGUGAGCCGAAGAAGUAUUUCCUAUGUACUCAAAUAUGUAUGUGUGAGUGUGACAAGAGGGUGUAUAUAUAAAACAAAAAUUGUUAAAUAUGAUGCUAGAAUGAUCUAUAGAGUAUACAUAAACUUCCAUGUUAAUUUAUGUUGCCAUGCCUGAAUUGUAUUUUUCAUUUUUUAAAUACUACUUGUUUAAUACUGCUCUAGAAAAUCAGUCCAAUUGAAUAUAUUCAAGAAGUUUGAUUAUAGUAGAAAUAUCUUUGUUCCUUUUAUUAAUAUUGUGAAAAUAUAUUCUCUACCAAUUUUUAUAACUGAUGGGAAAUAUAGAUGUUAAUAAAGUUGUGCAGUGAAAUUCAGCAGACAUACUUAACAAAAAUUCUGUGUAUAUGUAAAACAAGCUACUGAAGCAUAUUAAAUUGUACAAGUAGACAAGUAGGUGUAAAGCUCAAAGAUAAAGCAAAAAAAAAAAAUGACCAUAGCCUAUUUCCAGUGGUGCUGUGUGUCGCUAUACAAGAAAUAUCACUUCCUCCAGAAUUUUAUGAAGAACACCAUUCUAUAUAAGUUAGAUCUGAUGCCAAAUUAUUUAGUUUCUCCCUAAACUCCCUCUGGGAUUCUGAAUUACCAAUCGUAUCCUCCACCUAAUUAUGUAAUUUACAUUUUCUCCUCCUUGAGUAAAAGACUCAAGUCUUCCUAUCUUAUAGUUCAUAUACAGGCAACGGGACAGUGGAACAGGGUAAAAGGGACGUGGAGGGUUAGUACCAAUGGGGCUAGUGGUGAAGUAGUACAAAACAAUAAUAUGGGAAUCUGUUGUAAAUCACUGAUCUCAGUACAAACAAGGUACAAAGGGGUUCUACUAUUAGAAUUUAUAUUCUGAAGUACCUUUUUUGGUAUUAUACAUAAAUGUUGUUGACUGGAGUGAUAGCACAGCAGGUAGGGUGUUUGCCUUGCAGACCCAGGUUCGAUUCCUCUGUCCCUCUCGGAGAGCCCAGCAAGCUACUGAGAGUAUCCCAUCCGCAUGGCAGAGCCUGGAAAGCUACCCGUGGUGUAUUCGAUAUGCCAAAAAUAGUAACAAGUCUCAUAAUGCUUGAGCAAAUCAAUGAACAACGGGACGACAGUGCUACAGUUGAUUUAUAAUGAAGCACACAUGAAAUUUAUAUAAUAUUGUAAUGCAAUGCUAUUUCAAAUAAAAUAUUCUAAAAUGAAAACGUUUAAGAUAAAAAUGAACAAAUGAGAGCCGUAGAAAUUGGAGAAAUAUUACAGAGGUAUUGCACUUGCCCUGCAGGUGACUGCAACAGUGAGUUGAAUCCCAACAGUGCAUAUGGACUCCCAAGCACUGCCAGGUUUAUCCCCUGACCACAGGAAUAGGUGUGGUCUGUUGUGUAGUAGUAGUUGAUAAAACCUGGAACUCUCAUUCCAUUUCACUUUGUACAGCUUUCUUCUCAUUUUUCCUGGUCUGUUUCAGUGUCAUCUUCAUCUCUAGCUAAAUGGCUCCUAUUAUAACCACCUGGACUUGGCUUUAUACUACUCCCAUUUUAUAAUUGUUUACUGAUUUGUCUAACUUCCCUCCUAGUGAAGUUUGUUAUUUUAAUAACUCAGGUGUUGACUUUAUUUUUGUAGGUGGAGACGUCUGGUUAUGCUCAAUUCCUGGCUGUGCACUCAGGGAUUACUCCUGGCAGUGCUCAGAGGACCCUAUGGGGGUGCUAGGGAUCAAAGCUAGGGGCCAGAGUCUCUUGCCCCCGCACCUGACUGUCUUCACCGAGGCCCUUCGGAGGGGGUGUGUUGAGUCUCCCUCCCAGCUCAGAGCAGAGCUCCGGCAGCAGAAGACCUCCG